GCGCGACCAUCCGCCUGAUUCCCACCCUUGCGCUCUCUCCGCCUUUCGUCCUUGCGCGCGGAGCCUCACAGCCGCAGCAUCACCACCGCGCCGUCGGCCCGCGAGCGCGCCUGAGCGCCGAAGAGAGCGAGCCCCCCAGCCGCCGCCCCCCCAUGCUGAUGGCCUCGUCCGCGAGCGGCACGGAGGAGGCGCGCGGUGCGGCGUCCUCGUCGGCGCCCACGCCCCUCAAGCUGGUGGGCCUGGUGUGCGUGUUCCUGGCACUAUGCCUAGACGUGGGCGCCGUGCUGAGCCCCGCGUGGGUCACCGCCGACCAGCAGUACUACCUGUCCCUGUGGGAGUCGUGCUGGAAGUCCGCCGGCGCGAGCGCGUGGCAGUGUAGCGGCACGCUGAACACGGAUUGGCAGAUCGCCACGUUGGCGCUGUUGCACGGAGGAGCCUUCCUCAUCCUCAUCUCCUUCAUGGUGGCCCUGGUCUCCGUGUGCACGUGCAGCAGGAGGCGUUUCUACAGACCCGUCGCCGUCAUGCUGUUCGCCGCAGUUGUCCUGCAGGCCUGUAGCUUGGUCCUGUUCCCCAUCAAGUUCAUCGAGACGAUCAGCUUGCGAAUAUACCACGAGUUCAACUGGGGUUACGGCUUGGCCUGGGGCGCCACCAUCUUCUCGUUUGGGGGAGCCAUCCUGUACUGCCUGAACCCCAAGAACUACGACGACUACUACUGACCCACCCUGAUGCACGACUCCGCCCCUUUAACCCCUUCCCUCACCGACACCCCUUCCCCACUCCCACCGUACGACGCUCUUUCGCAUUCCCAACAGCUCACGCACCGAACUUUUAUUUGCUUCCUGAGAAACAAAAAAAAAAAACACGCAAACUGGGUGCGGAGCCCGUCCGAUUCCGGACCGACCAGUCUCACGCCGACAACCGCCCUGAGUUCUUUCAUCAUCAUCAUCAUCAUCAUCCUUUUAGGGUUCCCUAUUAAAGUGUCACUCUGUUCCCUCUGUUCUCAUCUCUCCAUCACAUUUCCGAAUGCACCGAUCCGUCUCUGAUCUUUAAGCAUCGGGCCCCGGGGAGAUCUCCGGAAGCACUCAUGUGCCGAUCCCUGCGGAGCGCUCCAUCUGGAACGGGGUUUAGCAUCGGACCUGCUGCAUGCGCACACACUUACAGCUCCACUUACACACAGAUCACGCAGAGUGUGUUAGGUUUCUGUAAAGAGAAAGCACAACACGGAACAUAUGCUAACCUUAGUUCACACUAGCGAGCGACAAGCCUGUAAUAGCUAUAUCGAGCUCUUAUAUACCGCUAUUACUAUUUAAACAAAUUAAACGACGCACUAAUCGGUGUGAAGGUUGUUUCUUCGAUUUACGACGACGCUACGAUUUUCGAUUAGAUUAGCAGACCAGGCUAACUCUACUAGCUACGAAGACUGACCGGUUAACGCACCGACGAUCUGUCUUUGCUACAAGUGUUGUUUUUCUUCGUAAUGUCUCUGCACGCGUUUGUACACGUUUGACUCGUACCUCGUUUGCAUACAGUUGAGAAAAUCGUAACUAAACUGCGAGUCGCGGCUCUGUGUCGCGCACGUGUGUAAAAUUAACAGCCGCGUGGCGCUUCGGGGCUUGCUAGUGUGAACGUAGGGUUACGGUGUGAGCACAUGGAGAGCGUGAGGGAGAUUUUCGGGGUCCGCGAAGUUCGGCGAAGUGACUAUGAUCGGAGGCGUUACGAAGAUUCUAACACUGGAAUGGUUUGUAGUUCCUGGACAGCAGGGUGCAAAAGUCUGAGUGCAAACGUCUCUACGCAGACAUUCUGUUCACACGUUAUUUCCACAAAGCCUGAGACGGCAGGACCGUGUCAGAGUCGUUAAGUACCUGACUGACUAGUUUUCGCUAACUUGCUAGUUUUACAGCUGAAUCACGGUCUAUAUUUGUCAUAUAAGGAUAUCCUCAAACAAUCGACAGCUUCUUUAACGUUGGCUAGCUAGUUCCUAAUAUCGGUUCGUUAGCUAGCUAGCUAUAUAUUAGCAUAUCUUCUAACAAAUGUGAUUUUCUCUAAAGUUAGCGAGCUGGAUUUCCCGUGAGACAUUUCGUAGCGUUUGCGAACUAGCUUGCUAUCUUUGUAUUCGGAUAUCUUCUAACAAAUACAGUUUUCAAAUACACUAGCGAGUUAUGCUGUUGGAGAUUAACUAAUGUUUGGUAACCAGCUAGCUAUGUUUAUAUUAGCGUAGCCUUUAACAAAUGGGAUUUUCUCUAAAGUUCGCUAGCUAGUUAUGCUGUUGGACAUUAGCUCGUGCUUGAUGAAUAGCAUUAGCCAGCUGGCUAGUCUUUAUGUGGAACUUUUUUCCGUUGUAGUAGGGAGUAUCUUCUAACAAAUACACCUUUCUCUGAUGUUAGCUGAAGGGUUUGCUAUGGCACUUUCCUUAACAUUUGUUAGCUAGCUAGUUUGCCGUUGGACAUUUUCUAACGUGAGCAAUCUAUCUAUCAUUAUAUUAGUACUGUUUAUCCUUUAACAAAUGGGAUGUUAUCUGAUGUUCUUCUAAUCUGAUGCUAAUCUAGAUCUCCGUGUAGCUUUUUCUCCCUUGUUUGAUCUUAGCUAGCUGACUUUUUAUGGGCAUAUCCUCUAACAAAGGGGAUUUACACUAAUGUUAGCUAGCUAGUUUUGCUAUGAGACAACUGUAAUGUUUAGUUAAUUUGAUAGAUUUGUAUAUUUUCUCUCAGGUUAGCUAGUUAGUUUGGCUGUGAAAUAUGAAUUGUUAACAUCAGGCAGCUUUGUGUGCGGAUAUCCUCAUAUGUAUCCAUCAGAUAUUAUUUAGCUAGCUGACUUUUUAUUU